AAAAUAGUCUGUAACUUCUUUGCUUUGUCGGUUAUUUAGUUUACUGCAGGAAUCUUACUGGUUAUCGGUUAGCAAUACGAUCAAAAUAGAAAUUUUCUCAAGAUUAAAAAUCUUUUUACGAGUUACAAGUGGAGCAGAAUAACCGAUAGUUCUUUUUUCUUUUUAUGAUCAAUCCAUCCUGUUUCACUUUGUGUUUAGGAAGCUGCAGACGUCAUAUCCCCUGGACAGGACGUUUUUUUUUAGAUUCUUUUAAGUACAAAGUAGAAACGCUAGUACGGCCUCUAGACUAGUCUAGACUAACGACCUAGAAAUCUUAACCAAGCGUUUGUCAAAAAAGGAUUGGGAUGAAAGUGACAAGAACACUCAUACGUAGAGACUGACAGCCUUGGUAAAUUAGAAUACAGCUGAAUCUUGUGUUUCUGACACAAUUAUAGUUUUUAUAGUAGGAAUUCCAAUCUCGACAGUCAGUGUUGGCCACGGCUACAGCUUAAUCAUGGACGCAAUACGGUGGUCAUGGUUGGCAUGUCGCCAUGAAGCUUGAGGUGUUUCCCACAUGCGAAAUUACAUAUAGUUGUUCCAAGCCUUUAAUAUUAUAGACAUUAUACAUAGUUUGAUAUUUUUAUUUAUAAUUUUUCAGAUAUUUAUUCACAAAGAGAGACGAACAGCUACAAUGAUAAAUGGACGAGCGAUUUUGUAAUCAGACUGUCGUUAAAUAACAUUUUUUAAUUCAUUAUUAACCUUGAGCAAUUAAAAUUUUAGUAUACUCCUUAGUACUGUUUCUAUUUCAGUUAACUGUUCUCAUCAAUUUUAUUUUUUACAGUAACUUGUUGAACGACGUCGUUCGGCACGAAUCAUUUGUCUGUCAAAAAUUCAUUAGCGUGCAAUUUGUAAAUAUGUAGCACAGAAACAACAACCCACUAUUGUUCAUGCUGUAUGAGCUGCCAAAGUGUCACGAAUUGCAGCACGAUAGUCAUUUGAUUGGGUAGUUAAAUGACGAUGUCAGAAACUGUACGCCUGCGCAAACUUCAAUGCGGCCACGCAACUGACUCCUAGUUAUCGUAAGACAAUUAUCUAAAACAAGAUAAAAACGAGAAAGAAAAGGUGUCGAUUAAAUCGUAAUGUCAUCUGAAUCAAGUGGACAUAAGAAACCAGCAAGGAUAGUAAAAAGUAGAACGAGAUUCGUCAUACAUUUAAUUCGCUUACGUUCCUAAAAGCGUCCUGUGAUUAUUUAAAGAGAAUAGAAUGAUGGCAAUUGCCAUGGGAAAUUUGGCCACUUUAUGGUAUCAGCAAGUAUUCGCCCUUGAUGCGAAAUACAACUCUCAACGUGCCGCAGGCCAUGCUAAUUUUGGUACCCUUUAUAUACGACGGAGAAGUCAGUUACUUCGUGAGAAAUAUUCAAAGAAUCCGGAAGUUCGGGCACGGUAUUUAAAAUUACGUUCAGAAUUGUUAAGACGCCGUUAUGGAGGUGCUACUGAUCAAAGUAUUUUUGGUAGUCGAACGACUAUUGAUGAAGGCUCAGAUUUGGGAAUAAGAUCAAGAACAAUAGCAAGAAGAUCAAUAGCUGAAAAUUUUGCAUUUGCUGGUGUACAUCAUAUCUUUGAUCAGCAUACAGCAGCUGUGCCAAUGAUUAAAUUUGCUAAUAAUGAUAGAUCCAGACUGUGCUGUGCUUCUCUGGAUGGUACAAUAUCUAUCUGCGAAGCAACUACUACACCACCAAAGGUUAUGGUCCUUAUGAAGGGACACAGAAUGGGUGUUACUGCUAUAGAUUGGAGUAUAAGUAAUGAUUUGAUAGUUUCAUCCUCAUUAGAUGCAACAGUCAGACUCUGGGGUGUCCAUUCAGAUGCAGAUCCAGUGUGUCUAAGAGUUGUCAAUGACCAAUUGCGGUCAGAAGUAUUAUGCUGUGCUUUUGUACCUGCAAACAAUAAUUUAAUUAUUGCUGGCAAUUCACAAGGACUCCUACAAGUCCUUAAUGUAUCAACAGGAAUUUAUCCACGAGGAGGGACAUCGAAAAUUGGUGGAAAGAUCUUGGCAUUAACAUGCGAAGAGAGUGGAGGCUCCUUGGUGUGGGCUGGAAAUGAUAAAGGAAUCAUUGUUUCAUUUCACUUGGAUUCUGGCUCAGGACGUUUGUCAAAAUUACGUCGCAUUGAUGGAAUUGGUGGAGCAGUUACAAGUAUCUCCUGGCGUUCUUGGCUUUCAAAGGAAACUCCAUGGCCAGCCCUACUGGUUAGCAGUGCCUGCAAUACAGUUUAUCUUUAUCGCGUUGCCAAUUCUCAAGGUUUUCUAACAAUAUGGAGAAAAUAUCCUGUGAAGCAUAGGCAAUACCUGGUGCGUUCGACAUUCUGUCCUCAGAUGGGAGCCUGUCUAAUAGCUACAGGCUCUGAAGAAGGUGCUAUUCAUCUUCUAGAUUCUACAAGAGAAGGGAAGGGUGCAAGAGUAAAUCGUCUACAAGGACAUGCAGCACCUACAAUUGCUCUGUCUUUCAAUUAUGACGAGUCUCUCCUGGCUUCAGCGGAUCAACAGGGUCUGGUGAUACUUUGGCGAAAUCGACAACGUAAUUUAUAAAUUAUUGAUUUACUUGAUUGAAGAUAUCGUGUUCAAAACAUCAGGCGAUUAUCACGAUAUACUGAUUCUAUAUAACAAUAUAUUAAUCGUCCUCUAUUUGGAUGUUAUUCUAUAGAUUGUAAUAAUGAUGAACAUGUAUGAUGAUGAAAGUGAUAAUGAUAAUAAGUAAUGACUAUAGAACUGUGUUAGAACUUAGACGCAACAGAGUAAUACGAAUAGUGAUAAGAGUUAUGAUGUAACUUUAAUAACGAUAACUGCUGUAAUAGUCACGGUGAUGAUCACGAUGAUGCCAGUAACGACAGUAUAUAUAUAGCAAGCACCGUAAGCACUUUUUUAAAAAUAUAUAAUAAUGUCUAUAUGCCAAGCUGUGAAAUACGCUACGAUAUAAAAUGAACAAUUUUCGUGGUACAGAUAUUUUUGUAAAAGAUAAAAAUCGUUUAAAUUCAUUAACCGAAUAAUGCCUGUUUAUUCUACGCUUUGAGAUUUCCAGUAAAGAUAUAAUAUACAAAUAAUUUCUCUUGCAAAAUC